GGACGUGUAAGCUGUGCAUUCUCAUACAACGGGAUGUUAUACAACAAGUCUGCAUUAAGAAGGAAAACACCCCGAAUGUUUACAUCUCACAACUAUAAUGCUUCUAUGAAAACCGACCAUCUGGAGCAGAUUUAAGCCAACAUUCCUGACAGAUGAAAGUGUUAGCUUGGAAUCAGGCAAUUAAACGACUGAACAUCUCUCUAGGGCUGGGUUCUUUCUGUCCUGCUCCACUUCGGAAAGCCUCAAACGGGAAUGCUGUCCUUGAUGCUCUGUGGGGUGUCUUUCGCGCUUCCCCUUUUUGUGAAAGCAGGCACGUGUAAGGAUGCGGAUAUGCAUCCUGAGGUCAUUUCUGAGGGGCGGCCUUUUGCUUUCAAUUGUACAUACCCUUCAGUAACAAAUGGAGCAGUCAAUGUGACAUGGCACAAAGUACCCAACCAAAGCCCAGUAUCCAAAAACAGACAGCUUAGGAAUCACCAGGACCAGACCUGGAUCUUGUUCCUUCCCUUGGAAGAGGGGGACUCGGGCAUCUACCAGUGUGUUAUCCGGGAUGGCCACAGCUGUUACCGAAUAGCUGUAAACCUAACCGUUUUUAGAAAACAUUGGUGCGAAUCUUCUACAGAGAGUCGGAUAAGUCCACCGAAUGAAUAUCAACAAUUCUUACCCAUGGGAAAAUCGGGCAGUCUGACGUGCUAUCUCGACUUCCCAGACAGUUGUGUUUUGGAUUCAAUAAAGUGGUAUAAGGGUUGUGAAGAACUUAAAGCAGGGAAGCAGUAUAUUCUUUCAGGACGAAAGCUUUUCGUGAACAGCGUCACAGCAGAGGAUGGCGGGAGCUAUGCGUGCACGGCCAGACUCACUCACUUGGGGAGAGAGUUCACGGUUCGAAAUUACAUCUCUGUGAGCAUCAAGGAACCUGCGUCUGGAUUAAGGAUUCCUCAUAUCUCAUAUCCAAAAAACAACACCAUCGAAGUUCAACCUGGCUCCACCCUUAUUGUGGACUGCAAUAUAACAGACACAAAAGAGAACACAAACCUGCGAUGCUGGAGAAUCAACGGUACCCUGGUGGAUGAUUACUACAGCGAUUCCAGACGCAUCCAGGAAGGAAUUGAAACCAACGUUUCUUUGAAGGAUCACAUUUUUUACACAGUGAAUAUCACAUUCUUAGAAGUAAAAAUGGAAGACUACGGCCUUCUUUUCAUGUGCCACGCUGGAGUGUCCACAGCCUACAUCAUGUUGAAACUCCCAGCUCCAGACUUCCGGGCUUACCUCAUAGGCGGGCUCAUGGCGUUCCUGCUUUUGGUCGUGUCUCUCCUGGGCGUCUACAGCAGUUUUAAGAUUGACAUCGUGCUUUGGUAUAGAAGCACCUUCUACACUGCCCAACCCCCAGAGGAUGAGAAGCUGUAUGACGCCUAUGUCUUAUAUCCCAAGUGCCCAACAGAGAGCCAGGGCCGUGAUGUGGACACAAUGGCGUUGAGGAUCCUGCCUGAGGUGCUGGAGAAGCAGUGUGGAUAUAAGCUAUUUAUAUUCGGCAGGGAUGAAGUCCCUGGACAAGCUGUGGCCAACGUCAUUGAUGAAAACAUUAAACUUUGUAGGAGACUGAUUGUGCUUGUGGCCCCAGAAUCUUCCAGCUUCGGCUUUCUAAAGGGCUUGUCAGAAGAGCAAAUCGCUGUCUACAAUGCCCUCAUCCAGGAUGGCAUGAAGGUCAUCCUGAUCGAACUGGAGAAGAUCAAGGACUACAGCACCAUGCCUGAGUCCAUUCAGUACAUCCGACAGAAGCAUGGGGCCAUCCGGUGGCACGGGGACUUUACAGAGCGGUCACAGUGUGCCAAGACCAAGUUCUGGAAGAAAGUAAGAUACCAUAUGCCAUGCAGAAGGUAUCCACCAUCUUCCUCAGUCCAGCUGCUGAGGCACACGCCCUGCAACUGCACAGCAGCCAAAUGGGAUGCUGCCACUGGGCUUAUAAGUUCCUGAGUGAGAGUAGUUGGUGUGUGUUGGAUCACAGUGACAUCCUCUUUGGGUUGUCUACCCAUGCAGCUUGCUCUUUUGUGUUGUGAGUGACCUUGUUGUUGUUGUUGUUGUUUGAUGCUUUUAAUUAGACCAGUUUCUUUAGUACUCCUGUUUGCACCACAGCUCCUGAACACCCAUAUAAGCUCCUGAGAAUGGGGUACCUAUGGAACUCAGCCUCCAUGCCUGUGGGAUACAGUGGAUGGUCAGGAUGACAGAGCAGGUGGCAAGGAUGCUUGGUCCAUGUUUGGGAUGGGAGACUGAGAAGUCUGAGGAUGCCAAGUGGGCAGCCUUGGGGAAGGCCAGCAAGGACGGUAGCACAAUAUCUAUGCUUGUCUGUAUCUAGUAGGCUUUGGGCCCCUGGCAGUGUAGAUUGUAUCUGAAUUUCCUUCUCUCUCCCACUGCAGUUAGAUAACGAUGCAGUUAGCACGAUACCCCCAGGAACCACUUAAAUAUCACCCGGACCAAAGGACUCCAAGCUUUGAAAGAUAAUCUGUCAAAAUGAAAUAAGAAAAAAACUUUCACUUUUUAAAGAUGCUUUGUCUGCCAGAAAUCUGCAGAAUAUUUGAGAUAUAUGAAUUACAGCUCCGAGGUGAUGUGGUUCUAACCCCAGUAAAUCUCUGUGAGCUUUGGGUUAGUGAGUGCGCCCUUUAUCACGGGCAGUAUAUGAAUGCAUAGUUUAUCCAGUGUUUUGAUGCUAAACAGAGCUGUCAACCACAGCUACUAUUUCUCAAGGCCCAGCUGGGAAAAAUCAACUCCAGACCAACUCUACCAAGCUGUGAUUAACACGCGUGCUACUGCUUGGGGAAUCGUGAACAAAUGUCUAUUUACCUCAGAUAAGUAGGGUGUUGGACACAAAUCAUGAAAACAAUUCCACAGAAGUCUAGAUUAAUGGAGUAGUCAUUUUCUUGGGGUUUCUUGAAGGACUGAGGGUGAGGAGUGAGUUCCAAGAGCAUGGGCGACUCGAAGACAACUACAUAUUUAAAAAAGCCUGCCGAGCGUGGAGCAUGGUGAGAGCGUAAGACAGCUGAAUCCCCAGAGCUCUGUGAAGCGUUCAUAACAGCCUCCGUGUCUCUCCUAGCAGCUCUUUCUGCUUCUAUAGCCACAAAGCACAGGCUUGUAACUCUUUCUGGCAUUCCUGAGGACUGAGGAACCUACACAGAAAAGAAGUUGCAGAAGUUUGGGGGAGAUAACUACAUAAUGGAAACACUGGGGAUUAAUAAGUGAGCCUUGAUGAGGAGGGAGUGGGAGGGGCCACCAGGCCACAGGCAGGAUGGAAAGGCCUGGGAGGAGAGGGAGAAGGAGGAAGAGCUGGUAGAGUGGAAGGCUUCAUGGGAAGUCCAUCUUUCUGCUUGAGAAUUCAUCAAGGCAGGCUGGCAUUGUGGCAACCAUAUCUUUACUUGAGACUUGAAACUGGACCUCACUUUAAUACUUUUUAUUAAAAAAAAUUAACUAUGGUAAGAUAGAACACUAGUCAUUUUUAAGUCGAAUUGUUAUGCAAGGCCAUUAAGUAUUUUCACGUUGACACGACCAUCAUCGCCAUCCUCUGAGACGUUUUCAUCCUAGCAGACGGAAACUCUGUUCUCAGUGAAUCACUUCUCUCUAUUCCCGUCCUCCCUGGCCCCUGGAAAUCACCAUUCCACCUCCCAUCCCUGUGAAUCUGACUAUUCUAGGAACUUCCACUAAGAAACCUCAUUUGGUAUUUCUCAUUUUGUGGCUGACUUCUUCCAUGUACCACAGUAUCCUCAGGUGCCCUCAAGGUUUGUCCGUGAGAUCCACCUUUCGAUUCACCAUCACCGCUAGUCUGUCUGUCUCUUCUUUUUCUUCCUCCUUCCUCAAAGGCACAGGGAGCCAGAUGCUUUUGAAUGCCCCGGAGUGAGGAGCUCAUCAAGGCACCUGCCUGUGACAUUUUGUUUUUCAGCUUAUCUUUGCCCCACAGGAAUCUAACUCCCUGUAGAGGAUUUGCGGGUUCAAGUACAGUUAGGUAUUUGUUGCUUCCAAGGGAUGUCCCUGACUGGUUCUUCACUCUGUCUUCCUCCCCCUCCAUGGGUCUGUACUUCUGGUUUGUUGAAAUAAGGAGCAGUGGGCUGCGUCCCCAGCACCCCAGCCGCCCGCAAGGCUAGCUUAUGCCCGAAAUAACAACACACAAACUGUA